AUGAAAGAUCUCACACGGGGGAGAAACCGUAUUCCUGUCCUGAACAUCAGAGAUCUUCACACGGGGGAGAAGCCGUAUUCCUGUCCAGAGUGUGGGAAAUGUUUUUCACAGAAGUCCAAUCUUUAUAGACAUCAGCGAUUUCAUACAGGUGAGAAAGCCGUUAUUCCUGUCUUGAGUGCGAAAAGAUCUCACACGGGGGAGAAGCCAUAUUCUUGUACUGAGUGCAGUAAAUGUUUUUCCCGGAUGUAUCAACUUUAUAAACAUCAGAGGAUCUCACAUGGGGGGGAGAAGCUAUAUUCCUGUCCAGAGUGCGGGAAAUGUUUUUCAGACAAGUCCAGUCUUCACACACAUCAGAGAUCUCACACAAAGGAGAAGUCAUAUUCCUGUCCUGAGUGUGGGAAAUGUUUUUCACAGAUGUCCAGUCUGCACACACAUCAGAGAUCUCACACAGGGGAGAAGCCAUAUUCCUGUCCUGAAUGUGGGAAAUGUUUUUCAAUGAAGUUCAGUCUUCACAUACAUCAGAGAUCUCACACAGGGGAGAAGCCAUAUUCCUGUCCUGAGUGUGGAAAAUGUUUUUCAGUGCGCGGAUCUCUCGCUCUUUUUCAGAGAUCUCACACAGGAGAGAAGCCAUAUUUUUCCUGUUCUGAGUGCGGGAAAUGUUUUUCACAGAAGUUCAGUCUUCACAUAACAUCAGAGAUCUCACACAGGAGAGAAGCCAUAUUCCUGUCCUGA